UUGUCUUCUCCACAAGCUUCGGUUUACACCACUGUCUGUACGCACAAAUCCUCAAGGACGAAGAUAUUCGUGAAUUUCCUUCGAGGUCUUCGCUUUGCUUCGCCGAUCACCGGGGAAAUAUUCCCCUGCUUUUACAGGUUUUUGGUUUCGGACGCUGUGUCGAUGGAGAGUACGGCGAAGGAGGUGAAGGGAAGGGAGUCGGAGCUCCACGUGGAUUCUGGAUCCUCCGUAAACGGUGGCGUCGGCGAUUUCUACGGAGAGGAUUCGGCCUCCGUUGAGCACUCCGUAACUCCAUGGACUCUCUCCGUUGCUAGUGGGUAUACACUGCUGAGAGAUCCUCGCCAUAACAAAGGGCUUGCCUUCUCUGAGAAAGAGAGGGAUAUCCAUUAUUUGCGUGGCCUUCUCCCUCCAGUAGUCGUGGAUCAAAAUCUUCAGGAGAAGAAGCUGAUGAAGAAUAUCCGGCAAUAUCAGUUUCCACUGCAAAAGUACAUGGCCUUGACAGAACUUCAGGAGAGGAACGAGAGAUUGUUCUACAAGCUGCUCAUAGAUAACGUCGAGGAACUUCUCCCGAUUGUUUAUACUCCAACUGUAGGUGAAGCUUGCCAGAAAUACGGAAGCAUCUUCAGGCGUCCUCAGGGUCUAUUCAUCAGUUUGAAAGAGAAAGGGAAAAUUCUCGAGGUGUUGAAGAACUGGCCCGAAAAGAAUAUCCAGGUUGUUGUCGUAACCGAUGGUGAGCGGAUCUUGGGGCUAGGAGAUCUUGGUUGUCAGGGCAUGGGUAUUCCUGUGGGCAAGCUGUCUCUAUACACGGCACUUGGAGGAGUUCGUCCUUCAGCGUGUUUGCCUGUCACCAUUGAUGUGGGUACAAACAAUGAAAAGUUGCUGAACGAUGAGUUCUACAUAGGGCUCAAGCAAAAGAGAGUGACAGGGAAGGAGUACAGUGACCUCUUGCAUGAAUUCUUGACCGCUGUCAAACAGAACUAUGGCGAAAAAGUUCUUAUACAGUUUGAAGAUUUUGCAAACCACAAUGCUUUCGAGUUGCUUGCAAAAUACAAAAAAACUCAUCUUGUCUUCAACGAUGAUAUACAGGGCACAGCUUCUGUUGUUCUAGCCGGGAUAUUGGCGGCAGUGAAGUCAAUGGGCAGUUCACUAGCAGAUCACACCUUCCUCUUCCAUGGUGCCGGUGAAGCUGGAACUGGAAUAGCAGAACUUAUUGCUCUUUAUAUGUCGAAACAGAUGAAUGCUUCAAUGGAGGAGUCCCACAAGAAGAUCUGGCUUGUUGAUUCUAAGGGUCUGAUAGUAAACUCAAGAAUGGACUCACUUCAACAAUUCAAGAAGCCUUGGGCUCACGAACACGAACCUCUCAAUAACCUCUUUGAUGCUAUCAAGACAAUCAAACCAACGGUUCUGAUCGGAUCUUCUGGAGUCGGACGGUCUUUUACAAGAGAAGUGAUCGAAGCCAUGUCCUCCAUUAACGAAAGACCUUUGAUAAUGGCUCUCUCCAACCCGACACCGCAGUCAGAGUGUACAGCAGAGGAAGCUUACUUAUCAGAAGCUUACACUUGGAGUCAGGGACGUGCGAUUUUCACGAGUGGAAGUCCAUUUGCUCCAGUCGAAUAUGGAGGAAAUGUCUUUAUACCCGCACAGGCAAACAACGCAUACAUAUUUUCGGGGUUUGGGCUUGGUCUGGUGAUCUCGGGAGCCAUUCGGGUGCACGAUGACAUGCUUCUGGCUGCCUCUGAAGCGUUGGCGGGGCAAGUAAAGGAAGAGGACUACAAGAAAGGGAAGAUAUACCCCCCUUUCUCCGUUAUCAGGGAAAUCUCGGCUCGUAUAGCCGCAAAUGUAGCGAACAAGGCCUAUGAACUCGGAUUGGGGACAAGACUACCACGUCCAAGGGACAUGGUGAAGUGCGCAGAGAGCAGCAUGUACUCCCCCACUUAUCGACCUUACCGUUGAUUAAGGCUCUGAUGGAAGACACCCAAGUACAAGUACGUAACCUCUCUCUCUCUCUCCCCCCCUCAAGGUCGUGUAAAGAUAGUACAGUCUACGAUGCAUGAAAUAACACCCACAGAAAGAACGAAUACUCCUAAUGCGUGUCAUCUUUUUCUUA